AGCAGCUUCUUGGCUCCUUCUCGAACCUCAGUCAGGUUCAGCCUACUCGCUUCCACUCCGGCCUCCACUCUAGCCUCCACCAUGUCCAUCAGGGUGACCCAGAAGACCUACAAGGUGGCCGGCCCCCGGGCCUUCAGCAGCCGCUCCUACAGUAGUAUACCCAGUUCCCGCAUCAGCCUGCGGGGGGGCAUCGGCGGCAACCUCUGGGGUGGCCUGGGAAACAGCAGCAUAAGUAUGGCCGGGGGCUACGGCGGGGCCGGGGGUUUUGGGGGCAUCACACACGUCUCAGUGAACCAGAGCCUGCUGAACCCCCUUAAUCUGGAGGUGGACCCCAACUUCCAGGCUGUGCGCCUCCAGGAGAAAGAGCAGAUCAAGGUCCUCAACAACAAGUUUGCCUCCUUCAUCGACAAGGUACGGCACCUGGAGCAGCAGAACAAGAUUCUGGAGACCAAAUGGAGCCUCCUGCAGCAGCAGAAAACCUCUCGGAGCAACAUGGACAACAUGUUCGAGAGUUACAUCAACAACCUUCGGCGGCAGCUGGAAACCCUGGGCCAGGAGAAGCUGAAGCUGGAGGUGGAGCUUGGCAACAUGCAGGGCCUGGUGGAGGACUUCAAGACUAAGUACGAGCAGGAGAUCAAAGACCGUACAGACUUGGAGAAUGAUUUUGUCCUCAUCAAGAAGGAUGUGGACGAAGCUUACAUGAACAAGGUGGAGCUGGAGUCCCGCUUGGAAGGGCUGACCGAUGAGAUCAACUUCUUAAGGCACCUGUAUGAAGAGGAGAUCCGUGAGCUGCAGUCCCAGAUCUCGGAAACGUCUGUGGUGCUGUCCAUGGACAACAAUCGUUCCCUGGACCUGGAUAGUAUCAUUGCCGAGGUCAAGGCCCAGUACGAGGAAAUUGCCAACCGCAGCCGGGCUGAGGCUCAGACCUUGUACCAGAUCAAGUAUGAGGAGUUGCAGACAUUGGCUGGGAAGCAUGGGGAUGACCUCCGUCGCACGAAAACAGAGAUUUCUGAGAUGAACCGGAAUGUCAGCCGACUCCAGGCUGAGAUUGAGGCCCUCAAAAACCAGAGGGCUUCCCUGGAAGCCGCCAUCGCCGAUGCUGAGCAGCGCGGGGAGCUGGCCGUGAAGGAUGCCAGUGCUAAGGUGACUGAGCUGGAGGCCGCCCUGCAGCGAGCCAAGCAGGACAUGGCGCGGCAGCUGCGCGAGUACCAGGAGCUCAUGAAUGUCAAGCUGGCCCUGGACAUCGAGAUUGCCACCUACCGCAAGCUGCUGGAGGGCGAGGAGAGCCGGCUGGAAGCUGGGGUGCAGAAAAUGAGUAUCCACGCUAAGAUCAACCCCGGCUACAUAGGUGGCAUGGUCGCAGCUGGUGGGGACAUCAUGAACCCUGGCCUCAUGCAUGGCCUGAAUGCCUUUGGUUCUCCUCCCCAUAACCGUGUUAGCUCUGCAAAGGCUGUAGUGGUGAAGAAGAUUGAGACCCGUGAUGGGAAGCUGGUUUCUGAGUCGUCUGAUGUCCUGUCCAAGUGAACAACCACUGUAGUCUCUCCCAGCCUCCCACUCCCACGGCUGCCUAGAGCCUGUGGGGGAAGGAGCUGUGCAGGGGAGUGUUGGGAAUGGGAGGCCCACCUAACCCUCAGCCCCAGUCCUCUGCCUACCGUUAGUGGGAGUCCACUACCCUGGGUUCCCCUUCUUGCCCACUCCCCCAGCUAAAAGCCAAUUCAAGUGUCUUUUCCCAAAUAAAUCCUGAGAGGGUUCCACCAAUCCUA